AUGAACCAAUGCAAGCCUGCUGCUGGAAGCCAAUCUGCUAUACUCUAUACAGGAUUAUACCUUGUUGCAUUAGGAACAAGUGGUAUUAAAGCGGCGUUACCAGCCUUAGGAGCUGAUCAAUUUGAUGAUAAAGAUCCAAAGGAAGCAUCUCAAUUGUCGAGUUUUUUAACUGGUUCUUGUUUAGUCUUACAACAGGAGCAAUAA